AUGGCAUUGUCCCUUGCGCGCAUGAUGCGCCUGGCCCUGGUUGGGCUGGUGGCAUUCACUUCAGUUGCCUCAGCGCUGCCUGCGAAUCAACUUUCGCGCAGGACGGUUCAGCCUCCCGACAAUGAUCCGUUCUAUCAGCCACCUGCUGGCUACGCAUCCAAGGCGCCUGGGACAAUCCUGAACCAACGGGACAUCACUGCCGCAUUCUUUGGUCUCGUCCCGGUUGACGUCGACGCCUAUCAGCUGCUUUACCGCACGACUGCAGUCAAUGGCUCCGCCAUUGCAACAGUUACCACCGUGUUCAAGCCAAAGAACGCUAAACUCGAUCGUCUUGUUUCCUUCGCCACAGCCUACGAUAGCUCUUCAACGAAAUGCCAGCCUAGCUACGCCUACCAGCUCGGUGCGUCGCAAGACAGUUUGAUCGCUUCGGUCGAGCUACUGAUCAUUGAGAUCUACCUUGCUCUUGGUUAUACCGUCGUUUCUUCCGACUAUGAGGGACCCGAGGCUGCCUUUGGACCUGGUCGCCUCGCAGGUAUGGGUGUAUUGGAUGGUAUCCGUGCCGCGAAGAGCUUCAAGACCUUGGGUAUGACUGAUAACCCCAUGGUUGUCGGUGUCGGCUAUUCAGGCGGUUCCAUUGCUACUGGUUGGGCAGCCUCUUUACAGCCCAAGUACGCACCAGAGCUAAACAUCAAGGGCUGGGUGCAGGGUGGAACUCCCGCGAACGUUACUGGCACAUUGUUCCAGCUUGACAACACAGCCUUCAGUGGCUUACUUCCUCCAGCUUUUGUUGGUCUCUCAAAGCCUAGCGCCUACGGUGCCGACCUGGCCCCUUUCCUCGACAAGGUCGUAACAGCAGAAGGUCAGAAGAAAUUGGCCAGCGCCGCCUCCCAAUGCUUCACUGCGGAUCUUGCAUCGUUCUUCGAACAGUCAAUCUUUGACACUAGCUUCCAAACUCUAGGCAAGGAGUUCAUCUUCGACCCAAUCGUUCAGUCAGUGUUGAAGCAGAACACCAUGGGUGUCAACAAGGACGAGACCCCGACGGCACCAGCAUUUAUUUACCACGCCACAGACGAUGAAGUUAUCCCUUACGCAGAUGCCAAAGCUAUGGUUAAUUCCUGGUGCAACUGGGAUGCGACCGUCAAGUUUACUACGUAUGCCAGCGGUGGUCACGCGACCACUGAAAUCAUUGCCAUUCCUGAGACCAUUCAAUUUGUCCAGAAUGCCUUUGCUGGCAAGACCAAGAGUGGCUGCACCACAAAUACUGAGCUUGGCAGUAUUCUCAACCCGCUUGCUCUUGGUGCGGCGCUCGAGCCUAUUUUCAUAAAGCUCAUUGAUGCACUGACCCAUUUGGGUGAUCAGGACUCGAAGGUCAAGAACGACCCCGUCACAGUGCUCAACACAAGCCUUUGA